AUGGGAAUCCCACGCUUUUAUCGGUACAUGUCGGAGCGCUACCCGCUUAUCAAUCAGCCUAUCUCAGACGUGUCUUUAUUACCUGAGUUUGACGCUUUUUAUCUCGAUAUGAAUGGCAUCAUACAUAACUGUACACACUCAGAUUCAGCAGAUGACGCACUCAACUCGCUGACUCUUGAAGCGCAGCUCCACGGUAUCUUUACGUACCUCGACCGUCUCAUCACGCAUAUUAUCAAACCUAAGAAGAUCGUAUACAUUGCUAUUGACGGCGUCGCACCGCGCGCCAAGCUCAACCAGCAACGCUCGCGGCGGUUCCGCGCUGGUCUAGAGCGUCAAGAGGCCAUAGACAAGGAAAAGCACAUGCAAAUCAAACUUCAGGACGAGAAAAACGGCACUGUUAUGAAACCCACUGCCAGCAAAUUUGACUCAAAUUGUAUCACGCCUGGAACAGAGUUUCUGAGUCAGUUAUCGCAUCAUUUAGUUUAUUUUGUCCGACAAAAGAUGAAAAAUGAUCCUUUGUGGGCACGACUUGAGGUCUUCUUCAGUGGCAGUGAAGUGCCUGGAGAGGGAGAGCACAAGAUCGUCGAGUUCAUUCGUCAUCGAAAGAUGACAGUCGACUAUGAAGCUAAUAUGCGUCACUGUAUGUACGGCAGUGACGCGGAUUUGAUGCUUUUGGGGCUUAUGACUCAUGAGCCACAUUUUACCCUCGUGCGAGAGACGGUAGUUUGGGGAAGUUUUCACAAAAAGGUCGCAGUUAAGAAGAUUGAAGAGCAGCAGUGGCAAUUAGUGCACCUAAGUCUGUUUCGAGAGUACUUAAUGCUGGAAAUGAAUGUUCAGCCGCCAUUUGAUGGCGAACGGAUGAUUGAUGACUUUAUUUUGCUGACUUUCUUACUUGGGAAUGACUUUAUCCCUCAUAGUCCGACGCUGGAAAUUAGUGAAGAUGCAAUUCCGUUGUUAUUAAAAGUAUACCGAGACUUGUUGGAACUACAUCAAGGUUGUUAUCUGACGCUCAAUGGAAAAAUUAGAAAUGCCAAGUUAUUGCAAGAACUUUUUCAGAUUAUUGGAAACCAAGAAGAAGAGAUUUUAGUGAAUCGUGCGAUGGAAGAAAAGAGACGCUCAGGACGUCGUGGAGGACGACAACAGUCGAAACAGCACGAGGUGGACGCAGCUGAGAUGCAAAGUGCUAUCAUGGCUCUUCGGGAUGCUGACGAAGAGACUCUACCACCUUUGGUGAAUGAUGAAGACAUUGAUGAUGAGGAAGCUGAGCGUUUGUUGCUUGAGGCACUAGACGGUAAGGACGAUACCAUUUUUUCUCUCGAACUUCAACGCGAAGAUCAGAAUAUUCUUAUGCUUGUUGGUAGUGAAAGUUUUCAAGAUACAAAGUGGAAUUACUACGAACGAAAGUAUAACAUUCAACGAGGCAAUGAUGAUGCAAGCAAUGACGCACUCGAGCAAGUGAGAAAGUCGUACAUAGAGGCCUUGGUGUGGUGUCUUGCUUAUUAUUUUCAAGGACCUCCAUCGUGGGCGUGGUACUAUCCUUACCAUUAUGCACCGAUGGUGUCUGAUCUUACAAAUAUCGAGAAUAUGAUCACCUCAGUAACGUUCGACGAUGAUCCAUUAAUUGCUGGCCCGUUGUUGCCGUUCGAGCAAUUGAUGUCAAAUUUACCGGCUUCGAGCGCUCACCUUGUACCAGAACCGUACCGCUUCUUAAUGGUCUCGCCUUUAUCGCCGAUCAAACACUUCUAUCCUGAGACGUUUGAUAUCGAUAUGGAGGGCAAACGCAACGCUUGGGAAGGUGUUAAUUUGCUGCCUUUCAUUGAUGUUGGACUACUUAAACAAGCCAUCGCUCAGUACUGUCCCGAUUCACGAUUAACAGAAGCCGAGAGACGGCGCAACAAGCUGCAGCUUUUGCCUGUCCGAAUAGUUCGAGAUUUAAAUGCUUUAGACACUUUGAAGUCUCCUUUACCCGGUGUUGCGGACUUACAGUACUGCAAUACUCGUGUGGAAGACUUCAAGCUUCCUCCUAUUCCUGGUGGAGAAUUUCAAAGCAAAUUAAUGGACGGUGUGGUGCUACCGCUUGCUGGCUUUCCAUCACUUAACACCGCGUCCCUCGAGACCACACGCAUCGCUAGCGUUGGACUUAAUUGCUUUGGGAUGAGCUCGCGCAAAUCUAGUCUCAUUCUUCAACUGUCUGCUUCAGGUAGCAUAAAUGACAGCGAUAACACGAAUGCUGAUAAUAUCAAUCCUCGCGAUCUACUAGGCACUUCUGUGCUUGCAAAUUGGCCGAAUCUUCAUGAGGUGCUGGUAGUAGGUAUCAGUACGCUGUCUGGAGAAUACCGUCUCUCAAAGUCUACUCGUCAGCUCAAUAACCAUCCAAAAGAUCGGACAGAAAUCGUCUACACACCGUACGGAUCUGAUGAAAAAAGCGCGUGGGCAUAUUAUGCACAGAUGGAAGCUGUCAAGCUGCUGUCUGGACGAGGUGUCCCUGGUAGUGGAGGAAUUGACCUGGGAAAAACUGGUAUAACCAUCGUCAUGCACGUUCUUCCUCUUCAAGGUAUGGUAUCCAAUUCAAUUUCUGGCGCCAUUGAAAAAAAGUUUGGCGAAACGGAAGCUUUCGUGCCUGCUCAGCUUACGGUUCGUAAUCUUAAGCUGCUUGAUGCUCGGUUCAAGGAAACAGGCACUUUGCCAUUAAUUGAUCGCUUUCCUAUCGAUUCCAAGGCACUAAUCACAUCCGGCAAGUGGCUCGGUUGUACAGCAAUCGUACAGUCCAUCGAUGAACUUCAGCAUGCGGUGACUGUUCAAGUUCAAACGAUCGAUCAGGAGCCGCCGUUUGGCUACGUCAUUGCGCAGAAAGUUACGGAUCAUUAUUAUCCAGGCAAUUUAGUUGCUCAAAAAUUGGGCCUUGUCGCGUCAACAUUAGGCAUUCUAACGGGAAGCGUGUUGGUCAAACCGUUCGGAGUGGACAUUGGGCUAAAUCUUCGCUACCGCAAGGAGUUACUGCUUCCUGGAUAUUGUCGACUUGUGAGUCGUGAUAGUAUUGACUCUGACAUUAAAGACGACACAAACAUUUGGAGAAAAGGUGAUAUUGUAAAGAUUGUUGGAACACGCAGUAUUGAUUCAGAUUUGAGCUCGUCACGAGCUCAAAAUGAUAGCAUUACUACUUGGGAGUAUACUGAGCGUGCAAUCCAACUCAUUGCAUCAUACCAAAAAGAAUUUCCUGAAGUGGUGCGCAACCUGAGCCAGCUUCCUUUUGCUACCUCGUAUCGAGGAAAAGAUGUGUUUGGAAUAAGUGAUUCCAAACAGGUGGCUGUAAUGGCAGAAGCUGUCAAGCAAUGGAUUGAGGAGCAACAUUUGGGUGCAAGUGAACAUUUUAAGCACAUCCCGGUUACUUCUAAGUACAUUGCCCUCAACGCUGUCCGCGCAAUGGAAGCUGCAGGGACGUUGAGGGUGAAAGAGCGCACUAAGUCCUCCGAGGUACAGCGAUGUGCUCCUGUUGUCGAGACAGUCAGGGCCGCAGAUCUGUUCCGUCCCAACCCGCUGGUAAAUCAAGAUCUUACCGGGCAUGAAGUCUCACUGCGAUCUUCAUUAAAUAAGGGCGCACCAAAUUUAGGAGACCGAGUGAUCAACAUCAGCGCACGUGGAGUCCCGUUCGGUCAUCGUGGCACUGUUGUUGCUACGCACGUGAGCAGCAGAUGCGUUGAAGUGCUUUUCGACGAGAGUUUUACAGGCGGUGAACCACUGUAUGGUACCUUAAGUCUCGAUCGUGGUAAGAUUGUGGCGUGGAGCAACCUACUGUGUGUAUCGUUUCCUUCUGCGAGCCACUUCCAUGCCAUGAAGCACAAACCUGCUAGACAAUCACAAACGACUAUCACUGCCACUCAGCAACGCACGACGGGCGACAUUCCAGUUGUCUCCACCAACAACAGUAUUAGACCAAAGAAGCUGGCCAACAAGCCAUUAGCUGUUACUGUUGCGUCUGCUUCACUGGUUCCACCGCCACCGCCUAUCCCCAGCGCUUUGCCAUCUCCGCCGAACCCACACAAUAUCCAAAAGCUGAUUCAAAAGUGGAGUUUUGACGGUGAAGUUGCGACCCAAGAAAGCAUUUUGAUGUCUGCAGAAUCAGCACCUUUGGCUUCUAAGCCAAAGGCUAAGGAAGAGCUGGCUCCGUCUGUUGCAGCUCUGUUUUCAUCCAUUCAAAACGGAACUCCGUCAUCCACGCCCACACCAGUGGGUCCAGUAAUGAACCUGUUUCCCCAUCUAUGUGCGCAAACGACUCCAAUUGCUCCAUCACUGCUCACACCUCCGCUGCCAAAAGGAGCUCCGACACCGCAGUACAUGACCCAACAGUCCUCGAUGUAUCAGCCACCUACGUUUUCUAUGCCUGGUCAACAAGCGCAUCUAAUUCUCAUGCCUGACGGUUCGUAUGUUCCCAUGUAUGCUCCGCUUCCUAGUGCGUACAUACAAUCUCAACCGCCCAUGCCGCGUAGUGACGAUAGGUAUUUGCAAAGUGCAGUACCUUUGUCUAAAUAUGACAAAAAUUUGACUGCCGUCGGUGCAUGGAAACAAAAGCCCUCUAUUCGUGGUGACAAGCAUCGAAAGAACACUUAUGCCGCGACCGCCAGCAACAUCGCUGUGACCAAUGCGAACAAAAAUCAUAAAGAGUGGAAGCCAAAACAAAAGAGCGCUGCAAAGUCACCGCAGCUAUUGCUUCCGGCUCAAGUGAUGCGGCAUCAAAAGCCUCAGUAA